UCCUAUGCAGAGCUGUUGAUGGGGAAGCUGGAAAGCCCAGUGGGGAUGGCGGAGAGCGCGGGCAGGGCUGGCCAGAAGCGCCCAGGCUUCCUGGUGGGGAUGCUGCUGAUGCUGCUGUUGCUGCUGACCGGUGCCCUGGCGGCCCUGGGUGUCCUCUACGCCACCAGCAGAGGGAAGCAGCUGCCACCCCUGGCUAGCCCGCUGUGCUUCUCAAAGGAAGAGAAGAUCAUUGUAAAAAGAAAAGUCCGAGCCAUCCCAGAGACCCAGAAGAGGAAGGAAGUCUGCACCACGCCUGGCUGCGUAAUGGCAGCCGCCAGGAUCCUGCAGAAUAUGGACAUGUCUCAUGAACCGUGUAAUGACUUCUACCAGUAUGCCUGUGGAGGCUGGUUGCGGCGCCACGUGAUCCCCGAGACCAACUCCCGAUACAGCGUCUUUGACAUCCUUCGAGACGAACUGGAGGUCGUCCUCAAAGCGGUGCUGGAGAAUUCCACCGUCAAGGAACGGCCAGCUGUGGAGAAGGCCAAGAUGCUGUACCGCUCCUGCAUGAAUGAGAGUUUAAUAGAGAAGCGAGACUCUCAGCCCCUGCUGAGCAUCUUGGAGACGGUGGGAGGCUGGCCAGUGACCAUGGACAAGUGGAAUGAGACUCUAGGCCUCAGGUGGGAGCUGGAGCGGCAGCUGGCGCUGAUGAACACACAGUUCAACAGGCGCAUCCUCAUCGACCUCUUCGUCUGGAAUGAUGACCAGAACUCCAGCCGCCACAUCAUCUACAUAGACCAGCCCACGCUGGGCAUGCCGUCUCGGGAUUACUACUUCAGCGGGGGCAACAACCAGAAGGUACGGGAGGCCUACCUGCACUUCAUGGUGGCAGUGGCCACGAUGCUGCGCAAGGACAUGAAACUCCCCAAGAACAGCCACCUGGUGCUCAAGGACAUGGCCAAGGUGCUGGAGCUGGAGAUGAACCUGGCCAACGCCACGGUGCCCCAGGAGGACAGGCAUGAUGUCACUGCCCUAUACCACAAGAUGGAACUGGCAGAGCUCCAGAACAGGUUUGGCCUGAAGGGAUUUAACUGGACGCUCUUCAUACAAACUGUGCUGUCCUCGGUUAAAAUCAAGUUGCUGCCAAAUGAGGAGGUGGUGGUCUACGGGGUCCCCUACCUGCAGAAUCUUGAAAACAUCAUCGGUACAUACACAUCCAGGACCCUGCAGAACUACCUGGUCUGGCGCCUGGUGCUGGAUCGCAUUGGCAGCCUGAGCCAGAGGUUCAAGGACGCGCGAACGAGCUACCGCAAGGCCCUGUACGGCACCACCAAGGAGGAGGCACGCUGGCGGGAGUGCGUCAGCUACGUCAAUGGCAACAUGGAGAGCGCCGUGGGCUCCCUCUACGUGAAGGAGGCGUUCCCUGGAGACAGCAAGAACAUGGUCAGAACCCUCAUUGACGAGGUGCGGACAGUGUUUGUGGAGACGCUGGAUGAGCUGAACUGGAUGGAUGAGGAGUCCAAGAGGAAGGCCCAGGAGAAGGCCAUUAAUAUCCGGGAGCAGAUUGGCUACCCAGACUACAUCUUGGAGGCGCAGAACAAGCACCUGGACGAGGAGUAUUCCAAUCUGAACUUCUCAGAGGACCUGUACUUUGAGAAUGGUCUGCAGAACCUCAGGGCAGGUGCCCAACGGAGCCUAAAGAAGCUUCGAGAAAAGGUGGACCAGAAUCUAUGGAUCAUCGGGGCUGCAGUGGUUAAUGCCUUCUACUCCCCAAACCGAAACCAGAUUGUGUUCCCUGCCGGGAUCCUCCAGCCCCCCUUCUUCAGCAAGGAUCAGCCACAGGCCUUGAACUUUGGGGGCAUCGGGAUGGUGAUUGGACACGAGAUCACACAUGGCUUUGAUGACAAUGGCCGGAACUUUGACAAGAAUGGCAACAUGAUGGAUUGGUGGAGUAACUUCUCCACCCACCACUUCCGAGAGCAGUCGGAGUGCAUGAUCUACCAGUAUGGCAACUACUCCUGGGACCUGGCAGACCAUCAAAAUGUGAAUGGACUCAGCACCCUCGGGGAAAACAUUGCUGACAAUGGAGGGGUGAGACAGGCCUACAAGGCAUACCUGAAGUGGAUGGCCAGAAGUGGCAAGGACCAGCAGCUGCCUGGACUGAAUCUGACCAAUGACCAGCUCUUCUUCAUCAACUAUGCCCAGGUGUGGUGUGGGUCCUACCGGCCAGAGUUUGCCCUCCAGUCCAUCAAGACUGAUGUGCACAGCCCCCUGAAGUAUAGGGUGCUGGGCUCACUGCAGAACCUGGCCGCCUUCUCGCAAGCCUUCCAGUGCACCCCUGGCAGCCCCAUGCACCCCCAAGGGCGAUGCCGCAUCUGGUAGCCAAGGAUGAGCCGCGCUGUGCGGCCCUUGCCCACCCGCCGCCCGGAGGC